AGACGAGAACUAGAAAUAGAACUUGAAGCCCAACGCCGGAUCGUGCAAUUGGAAAAGUCACUCAUUCUGAAAGAAAUUGAACUGAAAAAAGCAGAGUUGAAAGAACGACAAGACUUAGGACAUUCUGAAUCGUCAGAAAAAAGAAGUGAAUGUGGAGAUCAAGAAACCGAAAUAUUUCUAGGUCUGGCAAAGAUCCUGAACAUCUUUUGGGUAGUGAGACAGGGACAGAAGACAGUGAUGGAAAGAAGAAACUACACCAAAAGAAUGAGGAGAAGAAGCAGAAGGUGAAUUAUGAAGAAAAAAUUCAAGUAAAACAAGAAGAUCGUAACUUAUGCAAGUUUUUAUCAAGACAGUCCAUUCCCAAAGAACUACCAAUAUUUUCCGGAGAUCCAACUGAAUGGUUGCAGUUUGUAACAGCCUUCAGGGAAACCAAUGAAAUAUGCGGCUUCAGUGAUAGGGAAAAUAUUGCUAGGCUCCAGAAAUGUUUGAGAGGAAAAGCUAAGUUAAGUGUUCAAGCAUUAUUGAAUUUUACCUGUAAAGUAGAUAAAAUAAUAGAAACACUCGAAAAGAGGUAUGGAAAGUCGGAGUUCAUUAUUAAUGAUUUGAUAGCUUCUAUUAGAAAGUUUCCGCAAUUGCGCGACGAUAAAUUAGAACCUAUAUUAGAUUUCUCCACAGCAGUUCAGAAUCUGUCAGUAACAGUGACAAGUCUCAACUGUCAACAAUCUUUUUACAAUCCACAGCUACUGACUGAACUAGUUUCAAAGUUGUCAACCUCUUUGAAAUUGGAAUGGGGCAAAAAAGUGAAUUGUUUAAAUGUCAAAACUGAAAACAUUAAUAUUUCAGAUUUUUCUAAUUGGUUCGCUGAGAUAGCAAAUGCAGCAUGUUGUGUUCUAACUUAUCCGGAAACUGAAAAUGAAAAGAAGAAGAAAUACGUAUGUGCCGCCAGUGAGGAGAACUCUACCCGCAAACUCAAUUGCCUGUUCUGCAAAAUGAACAAUCAUUGGACAUAUACUUGCAGUAACUUCAAGCAGUUGGAUUCAGACAGAAGAUGGGAAUGGGUAAAGAAAAAUAAAAUUUGUUUCUGUUGUUUGCGUAACAAUCAUCAGAUUAGGUUUUGUAGAAAGAAAAAAGUGUGCAACAAAGAUGGUUGUGAUAAAUUCCAUCACAGCUUACUCCAUCCAAAUUCUCCGAGAGAAUAUAUUGCCACAGCACCAAUUUCUGAGACUGAAAAUGUGAGUUAUCAUACAAAAGAAACAGAAAAGAAAGUUUUAUUGCGCAUAGCUCCUGUAAUUUUAAAACGACCUGAAAACGAGGUUCAUACAUAUGCGUUAUUCGAUGAAGGGUCCACUAUUACCAUGAUAGACAAAGAGUUAGCCUCAUUUUUGGGAGCAACAGGUCCAACUGAUCCUUUGAGAAUGCGCUGGACAAAUUCAACUGUUAAUGAAGAGAACGAUUCUCAGAGGAUCAACUUAACUAUCAAAGGCAAAAAUGAAAAUAAAGAAUUUUUUAUGACGAACGUAAGAACUGUCAGCGAUCUGAAUUUACCAACUCAGACAAUUAGUUACGAGAAAUUCAUGAAAAAAUGGAAUUAUUUGCCACCAAUUUACCUUCCAGAUUUAAUAGAUGCGCAACCAAAAAUAUUAAUCGGGCAAGACAAUAUUCAUUUAAUAAUUGCACGUGAGGUUAUAGAGGGUGGAAAAAAUUCACCAAUAUUGUCUCGUACUAAGCUUGGUUGGGUUGUUCAUGGCAAUAUGAUGCACCGUGGUCGUGUUGACAAUGCAUUCAUUUUACAUGUCGAUAGGGAUGAAGAAUUGCAUGAAUUAGUUAAAAUGUCUUUUAAAAUUGAUAGCCUUGGAGUGAAGAUGGAAGAGAAAAUAUCAGUAGAAGAAGCUAGAGCAAUGAAAAUAAUGGAAGAAACAGCUAAGAGAGUCGGAAACAGAUGGGAGAUAGGCCUUCUAUGGAAAGAAGAUGAUGUUAAAAUGCCUCAGUCGAGGUCAGCAGCAGAAAAUCGUCUCAAAAUGAUGGAAAAGAAAUUAGCCCGGAAUCCAGUAUUUUCCAAGGAAUAUUUAAACAAAUUGGAUGAAUAUGAAGGCAACGGGUUUGCAAGAAAGGUCAUAGAUAAGGAAAUACAGGAUGAAAAAUCAUGGUAUCUACCUCAUUUUGGAGUUGUGAAUCCCAAAAAGCCUGGAAAGGUAAGAUUAGUUUUUGAUGCUGCCUCUAAGGUAAAUGGUAUCAGUUUAAACGAAAAAUUAUUGAAAGGUCCUGAUUUUUUAAAUUCCCUACUGGGUGUACUCUUCAAGUUUAGACAAAAGAAAAUUGCAUUCACAGGAGACAUCAAAGACAUGUUCCACAGAGUAUACAUCAGAGAAGAAGAUAGAAAAUUUCAAAGAUUUUUGUGGUGGGGAGAAAAUGGACAAACGACGGAAUAUGAAAUGACAGUGAUGAUUUUCGGAGCAGCUUCUUCUCCAGCUUCUGCACAGUUCAUAAUGAGAAAAAACGCGAAAGAGUUUGAAGACGAAUUUCCUGAAGCAGCAAGGGUAAUUUUAGAACAGCAUUAUAUGGAUGAUUAUUUAGAUAGUGUUGAUUCUGUAGAAGAGGCAUUAGAUUUAAUAACCGGUGUCGAAGAGGUUCAUAAGAGAGGUGGUUUCCAAAUAAGAAAUUGGACAAGUAACUCCAAAGAAGUUUUAAAGCUGAUUCCGACAGAAAAAAGAACAAGGGAAUUGAAAGAUGUAGAAAUAGAGAAAGAGCUUCCAACAGAACGUGUUCUAGAACUUCACUGGAAUCCGAAUGAAGAUUGUUUUUUGUUCAAAGUCGAACCCAAGGAAAUUAUGGAAAUUUUAGAAAAAAAAGCAACAACUACCAAAAGAAAAAUGUUGAAAAUUGUAAUGUCAGUUUUUGACCCUCUUGGGUUUCUAUGUCACUUCACUGUCAAAGCAAGAAUUUUGUUACAAGAAAUUUGGAAAAUGGGUUCUGGAUGGGACGACAAAUUAGAACAUUCGGUAAAUGAAAAAUGGCUCAAAUGGUUGCAAGAUUUAAGAAAAAUUGAAGGUGUGAAAAUUCCUAGAUGCUAUUUGGAUGAUAAUACGGAACGUAAAAUACAAUUGCAUACGUUUUGUGAUUCCAGUUCGAAACCCUACGCCGCAGUUUCGUAUUUUCGAAUUUUAUCAGAUCAAAAAAUGUAUUCCAAUAUCGUUAUGGCAAAAUCAAGAGUAAGUCCUCUGAAAACCUUAUCUAUCCCUAGAUUAGAACUUCAAGGAGCAGUACUGGGAGCUCGUUUGGCUAGAACAAUAAGAGAAAAUCACAGUAUUCCUAUAAGUCGUCAGUAUUUUUGGACGGAUUCCCGGACAGUAAUCAGUUGGUUGAAAUCAGACCCUCGCAAACUUAAGCCAUUUGUGAGUCAUAGAGUUAAUGAAAUAUUGGAUAUAUCUGAAGAGAAUGAAUGGAAUUGGAUUUCAACAAAGGAUAAUGUAGCAGAUGAAGCAACUAGGGAUAAUAUAAAUUGUGAAUGGUCGGAAUUAAGUAGGUGGAACAUUGGUCCAUCCUUUCUUAGAUGCGAUGAAGACACGUGGUUCAGAGAAAACGAAAUAGAGAUAGACAAAGGAGAAAAUGAAGAAAUGGAAGAAUUUUUCAGGGAAAUGAAAAAAGAAUACGUUGCUCUGACAACGGAAGGAGACAAUUUAAUCGAGUCUAUUCCGAAAAUUGAAAGGUUUUCAUCUUAUAUUCGACUCAUAAGGUCAACUGCCUGGUUGUUGAGAGCAAUUCAAGUUUUCAGAGGUACCAUUAUAUCGUUCUCUGAGUUAUUACCAGAUGAAGUAGACAGAGCUGAAAAAUUAUGGUUUAAACUUGUACAGGAAGCAUGUUUCAGGGAAGAAAUUCGAAGUUUAAAGAACAAGAAGCCUGUCGAUAAAACGAGUAGACUUUAUAAAUUAUCGCCAAUGUUGGAUAGUGAAGGAAUUGUAAGGAUAAACGGAAGAAUAGGAGAAUCAGAAGAUAUCUGUUAUGAAACAAAAUUUCCAAUCAUUCUUGAUAGAAAGCAUUAUUUUACACGACUUUUGAUCCUUCAUUAUCAUAAGAGGGCCAGUCAUCAGGGACAAGAGUUGGUUUUGAAUGAGUUACGACAGAAGUUUUGGAUUUUACAAGCUCGAGCUGCUGUCAGAAGUGCAUGGAACUCUUGCUAUAAGUGCAGGAAUUUCAGAGCGAAACCCAUAGUCCCAGAAAUGUCUCCACUCCCAAAAUGCAGGGUAAGUGCCUUUGUGAGACCUUUUACUUUUACAGGUAUGGACUACUUUGGUCCAAUGAAUGUCACCAUUGGCCGUCGACACGAAAAACGUUACGGAGUUUUAUUUACUUGUAUGAGUAUUCGAGCCAUCCACUUGGAGAUUGCAAAUUCUCUAACUACCGACUCCACUAUUAUGGCCAUCAGAAGAAUGAUCGGACGAAGAGGUUGUCCUAAGAAAAUAUUUGCUGAUAAUGGUACGAAUCUGAAGGGAGCCGAGAGAGAAAUGAAGAAGGCGUUGCAGGAAAUGAACGAAAAUCAGAUUUUAGCCGAAAUGACCACUAAGGGAAUCGAGUGGGUAAGGAUACCACCGCUUACACCACACAUGGGAGGUUGCUGGGAGAGGAUGGUGAGAUCCGUAAAAACGGCCCUAUCAGUCACUCUCAAAGAGAGAUCGCCAAAAGAAGAAGUUUUGUCUACACUUCUCAUCGAAGCUGAAAAUAUAGUAAAUAGCAGACCCUUAGUCCACGUUCCAAUAGAUGCCGCAGAUGGAGAAGCUUUGACGCCGAACCAUUUUCUUAUAGGGACUUCAAGUGCUUCUCCACUUCCUUGCCUCUUGUCGGAAAGAGAUCUAGUUACGAGAAAGCAGUGGAAGAUAUCCCAAUAUUUUUCAGACUGUUUCUGGAAACGUUGGAUCAGGGAAUAUCUUCCAACUCUCACAAGAAGGACGAAAUGGCACAAGAAGACGAAAAAUUUAGUCGUAGGAGACGUAGUAAUGAUAAUCGAUGGUGACUUGCCCAGGAACUGCUGGAUGAAAGGGGUGAUCGAAGCUGUUUUUGUUGGAAAGGAUGGACAAGUCAGAAGCGCCGACGUCAAAACAACACUGGGAACAUACAGAAGACCAGCUGUUAAAUUAUGUCCCCUAGAUAUUCAAUGAAGUUGUUGUUUUAUUUAUUUUUGGGGGGGAGAAUGUUACAGUUUCAUAUAGUUUAAUAGUCAGUUGGCUUUUCAAUCAUAAAAAUAUAUUAUAUAAAAGUUUCCAUAGUGAUAGUAAAAGUUGUUAUUCUAACUUAAACUGUUUUUGUAUAAGUCACAGCAUUAAAAGUUAUUAUUAGCCAAAAAAUAGUAAUUAUUAGC